AGGCGGCAGUUGUGUAGAUCACUGAGAGACUACGAGGGUCCGGUUCAGUUUUAAUUCUGUCUCUAAUCUCUGCAACAGCCGCGUUUCCUGGGUCCCGCGGCUCUCCUACCCACUCAGCCGCGGCCAGCGGCCGGGCGAAAAUCAGAGCCGCCCGCCCCCCAUCACCCACCAUGGAAACCUUCCAAGAAAAAGUGGCUCCGGACGCGUGUGCCUGAGGAUUCCUCACAAAAGAGGUGCCCAAAAUGAAGACCCUGAUGCGCCAUGGUCUGGCUGUGUGUUUGGCGCUCACCACCAUGUGCACCAGCUUGUUGCUCGUGUACAGCAGCCUCGGCGGCCAGAAGGAGCGGCCCCCGCAGCAGCAGCAGGCAGCGGCGACCGGCAGCGCGCAGCCGUCGGCGGAGAGCAGCCCCCCCUCGAGGCCCCGGGCCCCCGCGGGACCGCAGCCGCUGGACGGAUACCUCGGCGUGAGGGACCACAAGCCCCUAAAAAUGCACUGCAGGGAUUGUGCCCUGGUGACCAGCUCCGGGCACCUGCUGCGUAGCCGGCAAGGCCCCCAGAUCGACCAGACCGAGUGCGUCAUCCGCAUGAAUGACGCCCCGACGCGCGGCUACGGGCGCGACGUGGGCAAUCGCACCAGCCUGAGGGUCAUUGCGCAUUCCAGCAUCCAGAGGAUCCUCCGCAACCGCCACGACCUGCUCAACGUGAGCCAGGGCACCGUGUUCAUCUUCUGGGGCCCCAGCAGCUACAUGCGCAGGGACGGCAAGGGCCAGGUCUACAACAACCUGCAACUCCUGAGCCAGGUGCUGCCACGGCUGAAGGCCUUCAUGACCACGCGCCACAAGAUGCUGCAGUUCGAUGAGCUCUUCAAGCAGGAGACUGGCAAAGACAGGAAGAUCUCUAACACUUGGCUCAGCACUGGCUGGUUCACAAUGACAAUUGCACUGGAGCUCUGUGACAGGAUCAAUGUUUAUGGCAUGGUGCCCCCAGACUUCUGCAGGGAUCCCAAUCACCCUUCAGUACCUUAUCACUAUUAUGAACCGUUUGGACCUGACGAAUGUACAAUGUACCUCUCGCACGAGCGAGGACGGAAGGGCAGUCAUCAUCGCUUCAUCACGGAGAAACGUGUCUUUAAGAACUGGGCACGGACAUUCAACAUUCACUUUUUUCAACCAGACUGGAAACCAGAAUCACUCGCUCUAAAGUCUCCGGAGAAUAAACCUGUGUUCUGAUCAGUGAGGGUGCCAGACCAAAAUCCCAAGUACCUACGGUAUCAGACGCCGGGGCACUGAACUUCCGGAGCCAGCAGACACAAAAGGGGGACAGAAUCGGGAGAGGAAACUCAAUAAGCAGUAUGUACAGAUGCCUCAGAGGCGUGACUCCCAAGCAGUGCAGUUGGUCUGUAAGGAGAAAAUGCCAGAAUUAAUAGGUCCUCAUGAGUGUCAUCCCUUGCAAAAGGGGUUACCUUAGGAGCGAAACACCCAUGUCAGUGAUGCUGCCGUGGCUAAAGAACAUUCUGGAUCUCUUUAUUGCCUUCAAAACUGAAACACGAGCAACUCAACCAUGUUAGUUGUGUUCCUUUGUAGAAAUGCCAAUUGAAGGAUGUUUUUCUAUCAAGUUGUUGUAUCCUAACCUGAUCUAUAAUCUUUGUCAUCUGUUGGGCUCUGUAUGUGUGAUUUGUAAAGAGCAGUCUGAAAGUAUGGACAUGAUUUCUGAAGAGCACAUCUCCACUGACUUUCAUAAAGCAAAUGCCCAAUAUUUAUUUAUUAAGAGUUUUUUAGUGUAACUCUAGGCCAGUAUUUUUAUAGAUGAUGAUUAUGUGGUAAUUUUUCCUUCUUAACUCUUUAACACUGAGUGAUGGUUGGAAGACACCUAGAAUGGGACUGGUGAGUGACUGGCUUCACGACGCUCAUUGUUAGCAUGCGGUGGGCUUGGAAAGGUCGUGUUGUGUGUUUCGAACGUUUAGGCUUCAAGAAGAACUGUGACAUUUUCUAACGUAAAGAAAUUCUCCAAAUGACAAAACUGAAAAAGAUACAAAUGUAGGGACCCGAAGGGGUACGUGUACCCCAAUGUUUAUAGCAGAAAACCAAAAACUGUGUUAUUACAACAAAAAGAUACUAACGAAAGAAACUUAAAGAUAGUUGUCUUUAGUAAUAGUUGGUGUAGGUUACUUGGCAUAAAUCCGAGUUUCCUCGUCUUAGAAUGAUGUCCCUGUACCAGAUGGCCGCCUAAGUUUCCUUCCAAAUCUAAAAUUCUGUAAGCCUCUCAUUGACCCAUUUGAGGACCUUGCACUUGGAAUGAUAUGGUUUCUACAGUAGCAAAAGCCUGAUUUUAGGGUUUUUUUUUAUUCUCCUACCAUCUAUCUCCCUCUGUGGUUAAGGACAUAACUUCCUCACUGGCUACUGUCUACCCCCUGCUUCUCUGUGUUUCUUGCACCUAAAAAGGUGUGGGGGGGGGCAAAAAAAAAAAAAAAAAACUAAGAGAGAGAGGACCUCUGUGGUAUUCCCUGGCUAUAGGAACAAGGAACAUCCUUUCUCUGAGUCUGUGAGAAGGAGAACAGAACACAAGGAGAUUCCCUAUCAUAUGACUCAUUUAUCCUGUGAACUAUUCAGAUUCACUCCUUGCAAGUCACAGCCGUUCCCUGGUCUGGAGGAGUCUGAAGGACUUAUUUUAUUCAGAGCCAAGAUAGCAGUAUGAAGGACCUUCAUUUAAGCAAGUGAAAUUCUUCAAAAAUAGUCUUUUAAAUAUACCAGUGUUUUUUUUCCCACACGACUUAGAAGGCAUGCAUUUUUUUUUCCCAAUGCCCAAAUCGAAGGCACCAGCAAGUAUUACAUAUGGAGACUGACAUUGUUUUACAGAACAUGACCUGACCUGUGAUUAAAGGUUUUUCACAUUGCCACUUCCUUUUCCUUUCCUUAAUUAGUACUAAGAUUCCAUUCCCUUGCACUAACUAGUACUACUAAUUAUAUGGGGUACUGUGGUUGGGGUGCAAACACAGUCCGGAUGAUUAUAUGGCAGAAACAAAGUUGGGAUUAUUGUGGUGUAGCUUGAGCUGUUAAAUUGUACAAUUGAAAUGUAUGUGCUCUCUUUAAACUUUAUCAUAGUUUUUAAAGAGACUGUAGAAUUUUAUUCCAGCACCAUCUCUUCUGCAGCAUGUACUCUGGACACACAAUACUUUGUGUGACGUAUGAAAGAGUAUGAAUUUCAUGUGAUGGAUUUAUAGGCCACCUUUACCAUCACUUGAAGACAUUACAUUGUUCAGAUGUAAGUAGCUCCUUUAACAAGUUUUAUUUUUAUGGAAAUUUGGAAAAGUGUAAUUGGGACAUGCAAGAAUGUAGCUGUAUUACCUAAUCUAAUAAUAUCUCAAAUGUCUAUGUUGUCUUUAGGUUUUAGGAUUUGGUUUUUGUUUUGUUUUGUUUUUUUAAAAAGACCAUAUGAUAACUCCAUCUUUUUUGUAACUUCUUCCUCCUUCCCAAAUACUCAAGAGUGUAAAGCAACCAAAUUCUGAAAUCCUUAGCUUCACUGAGAAAUAGCUUAAAUCUAAAUGUAGCUAACAUAUGGGAGUAUAGGAAUUUAUAUUUUUAAAAAUAUGGUAUAAAUAGGUAUGAGACCAAUCACUUGGGCGGUGGUUUUUAUUAUAACAUUUCAAGAAAAUGCCUAGAAUUCUGAAUAGAUUGUGCCAAUGGAGCUGGCUGUGGGCAACUGAAUUCUUAUCUUGCCACUAUCAUCUCCUGACUCUCCAUCUCAACACCAUCCAACACCAUUAAACAUGGUGUUAUAAAAGAUAUAUAUCUGAUAUAAAAGAUGGUGAUAGAACCACGUUUACAGACCUCAGUGAUUUCAAUAUCCAAUUGUAUUGGGAGACUUAGUCAUACUCGUUAUGUUAGACACCUGUUUCUUCUUUCCCAGCUGUGUCAUCACAGCUACCUCCUAGGUUUUACCUACCACAAAAGCUACCUCCUAGCUUUUAAGACCCCAGUAAUACAAAGCCACAGCUGGUCAAUCCAUGGCCUGUGUGAUUUCAACGCAAGAACAUUUGGCAGAGGCCAUUAUAACAGAUAGCCAUUAUGGGCAAAGAUACAGGAAUUCACAAACAAAAUCAAUCACUUCAAAUGGCCCAUAAAAAGAAGAAUCUUACAUUUAAUAUUCUACAGUAAAUAUUCACCCAAGAAAGCGUACAUUAAAAGAACAUUAGGAGGUAAAUACUCAGUGUGCUGUGCGGGGACUUUGCUGUGUGAUUUCUAUUAUGGUUAAUGGGUGUUUGGUAACUAAGUCCCUGUGCUUCACUAACCCUGGGAUGUGCUCCUAAGGGCUAGACAUAAAACCAGAGUGAUUCAGGAACUCCCAAGGUCCUAAGAUUUCAGAGUGAGAGCUUUUCUUCAAAAAAAUAAAUGAAAGCAAAACACAAAAUACUGUACCUGAAAGAGAGAUUUGUGUGUGGUCUCUCGGAAUCCUGACAUUACUGUCAGGUACAUGCAUCAGAUUCCAAACAACACCUCUCAGGGACAGAUUGCCUUUGUUUCCUGAAAUAUUCUCCAUUACCGAUCUAUUUUAAUUACAUUAAAAUCGAAGGACAUAACCUUAUUUUGAAGUAAAAACUCACCUCAAAAGUUAGAAUUAUUGAUUUGGAAACGAAAUGAAUGCUAAGUAAAAGUGAAAGGAACAAACUGGAAUUUUGUCAGAAUUCAUAGUCUUAUGUGAACAUAUCCAUACCUGUUUAAUACCCACCCAAAUAAUUGCCCGUAUGUAGGAAUGACCUCAUUUCGGAAAUAUACCCUGAAUUCCGCUGGGGUGGUGAUUGAGACUGUUAAUUUAGACUUACUCGGAGAUUCCUCUUCUCUCUGCAGUGUUAGGGCAUGAGGGGAACACUCCUACUUAUUUCGUACCUGAGCCAGUUCUUCCUUCCAUCUUCACUGCUUCUCUCUGGAACCUCAAUCCCAUCCUUCUGCCAUCAUUUUCUCCUGAUUGCCUUCUUUUGUCUACCCUGGGCUCUUCGACCAGCGGUCUUUGGAGGCUGUUAAGGUCUUCCUUGUAGGUUUUUAAACUAGAGACCUACCCGGGGAACACGUUUGGGGUGGACCCUGCCAGGCAAUGAGCGUAGUGGGCGGGGGGACUACAUUUGGCUCUAGGACUAGCUUCUUCAGAAGUGCCGUCCUGGUUCACCCCAGGCUGGGGGAAGGGGUGGGGGGAGCUCCAAGACAGACUGUCAGUGCUAAAGCUAGGACAAGUCCUGGGCAAACGGGGACAGUGGGUCACCCUACUGAAAAGCCACCUCAAAGAGAACUAUAACACUGAGGCACUGGGGGGAAAAGUGAAUCCACUGCCCAGGUUCUAGCACAUGCCAGAAGAUACUUUGGAGUGGAGAGAGGUGAGAGAGUGUCUGUGGGCUUGAAGAUGAAUAGGAACAAGCCACUCGUCCCCACCUACUCAGGGCACUGAGCCACCACAGAAAAGCAAAAAAAGGCUGCGAUCCUGUUUGUUUUUACUCAGUGCCCUAAUAUUCUAUUCUACCUUGGAUUGUUCUCGUCUCUUUAUGUAUUUGUCCUAUUAGUCUAAUUAGACUGUAAGCUCUUUGAGAGCAGGGACUGUUUCUCCUUUGUCUUUGUAGCCCCGAGUCUAGUUCAGUGCCUUGCACACAAUAGGCGCCCAGUAAAUGUCUGUUGUUGAUGAUGACCUCUUAAUGGUGGCCCACUGGAUUGGUAACCGGUAGGUAUUCUUCCAUUUGAGAAGUGCAGGAGACAGAAUAGGUGAUGAAGUAGUUAAAUUUUAAGUGGGUUUUUAUAGGGUCAGUCCUCAAACCUAUAAUGUUUUUAAUCAACAGAACUGACCUGGAUUUGGGUAGGAUAAUGUAGCUGAAUUCACUAGGUUUGUUAAUGUUGGCUGUACUGAACACACAAAGUGAAGUUCAGCAAGCUUUGUGUUCUCACUGGUAGCGAGCUGCUCUUAGCACAAGUUAAAUUUAAUAUUGACAAAUGCUAUAACACAUGUAGAAGCAGCCCAGGCUCUGACUCCUCUGGUUCAACUACAAAAGGGAGGCUAAGAUGAGAUGAGUUCUAGCCUAUCUUAAACUUGACAGCUUCCCAAAGCUGCUGGGAAUUCCAACUGGUGACUUCUGAGGGUCUAUAACAAUUAAGUAUGCGUUUAUCUUAAAAUCAAAAUGAAACAAACAAAAACCCCCAAAACCCUUUUGUUUCCAUGAAGCAGAUCCCAAAUGCUUUCAUCCCUCCCAGAACGUGAGGGGAAAGGAGAACUCUUGGGAGAAGUUGCCCUCAGGUGGAGCACCCCGGUCACCAUCUUGAGUCCCUAACUGGCCAGCAUCUGGUGUCCAAUUACCUCCUGGUUACAAGACAGGGCAAGGCGGAAUCAAGUCAGUAAAGGUGAGCCAGCGGCUGACGGGGGCCUCCACAAGGAACCAUAAUCAUUACCUUCUUGAACAUGUGGACGCUCUGGAAUCCUUUUUUUUCAUUGCCUAUUCUUCCACAUAUUUAUUUGUAUGGUCUCAGUUUCAUUUUGAAAAGCAUAGAAAAAGGGCUAGGACACUACAUGAAACAGAGAAUGCUUCUUUCUGAACGGACAGGAUUAUAGAUCUUCCCACAUUUUCAAAAAUUUUAUUGUAAUCACAAAAUAUUAUUUCAUAAAAUAUUAGCAAAGAUGUAAUAGGAUUUCAAACAGAAUCCCAACUGAGAUGUUGGAGAAUCUGGUAAAUGCCACAUCUAACUACACUUAAAAGAAUGUCUUUGCUAUAUACAUAAAUCAUCCCAAGUGUCAGCAUCUUUACUGCUUUACCAUGAGACUAGUCCUUCAAUUUAAUUUUAUAUUUUUUAAAGAUUUUAUUUAUUUAUUUGACAGAGAGACACACAGCGAGAGAGGGAAC